UUUCACCAUUAUAUAUAGCAAGUUUGAGUAGAAGCAUAAGCAGAAGCAAAAAAGUAGUACUUGGUGAACUAAGAAGGAAAAGAAAAAUGGCUUUGAUUUCCUCCGCCGCAGUCACCACCGUUAACCGGUCUCCGGUACAAGCCAGCUUGGGCAGUACUUUCACCGGUCUCAAAUCCUCAGCUGGAUUCCCAGUCACCAAGAAGAGCAAUGACAUUACCUCCAUCACAAGCAAUGGUUCAAGAGUUCACUGCAUGCAGGUGUGGCCACCAGUUGGCAAGAAGAAGUUUGAGACCCUUUCAUACCUUCCACCACUCACAGAGGAGCAAUUGCUUAAGGAAGUAGAGUACCUUAUUAGGAAGGGAUGGGUUCCAUGUGUUGAAUUUGAGUUGGAGAAAGGAUUUGUCUACCGUGAGCACAACAAGUCACCAGGAUACUAUGAUGGACGUUACUGGACAAUGUGGAAGUUGCCAUUGUUUGGAACAACUGAUGCAUCUCAAGUGUUGAAGGAAGUUAAUGAAGCUAAAAGUGUUUACCCAGAGUCAUUCAUCCGUAUCAUUGGAUUCGACAAUGUUCGUCAAGUUCAGUGCAUUAGUUUCAUUGCACACACACCCAAAGACUACUAAAUCAUAGAAACAAGGAUAUUUCAAUGAAGCGGUGCAAGUGGGAACAAACAAUGCAGAGAAGGGGAGAAAAUGAAAAGAAAUUUUGUAUUCUUCAAUCAAUGUAAUGUUUAUGUCGAUGUCAAUCAAAUUAAACCAAAAAAAUAAAUAAAUAAAUAAAUAAAUAAAGGCAAAGUUGUGCUUUAAAUGUGUGAGUAGAGUUGAGAAUAGUUCUCGAGAUUAUGGUUCAAUUGGUAAAAAUAUUGUGUGUAAUAUAAAAUAUCGUACUAUGUUA